UAUAUUACAAUAUCAUUUCAAGGAAACGUUUUAAACAACGAACUAUGACUCAAUUCGAUCGAAUACAUUUUUGUUUAGUUGACAUAAUUAAAAUAAAUUAUAUAUUACGAGUAUUAUGGAGGAAUUAUAUUUAAAUUACUCAUUUGAUUCAUGUGGAACAACAACUGACUAAUGGCCGUUCAUUCAUGACACUUCUCAAUUCACGAUACGAUUUUCGUGCUGUAUACAAAAAAAAAAAAAAACAUAACACAUAACAGAAAACAAUAGCAGCCCAUCAUCGGUGACGGUUCGAUUCACGAAUCCCAUUGUUCGCAUCGUUAAAUCGAAGCGCACCUCCGCAGUGAGGAUGAAUGGAUGCACUUGUCGCGUGCAUCGUUUUUCGAGGAGCUUAUCAUUGUAGAGCGAGCGUGUUGUAUUUGUAGAGAGGUACUGUGAGCCGCCGCGGUACCGCCGUCGACCAGGCUCCUGCGUCAGUUACGUCGCGCACACCGCACGGGACGUUCAUCUAUCAGCCACAGAGCUCAGCGGGCGUCAGAACCCGCGUCCCAGUCCGCGCCCGCCCUUAUCAAAACAUACCCGCAUUCGCAUCGAUCCGCAUGUCUUUACGCACCUCCCAGUGAUAACGUACUCUCGACUACUACGUGACUGUGACUCGGUUAAUACGUUUAACAUAAACACUAGUGUUGUGUGUUGACAUAUUGUGUGUUCUUUAAGUUAAAUUUAUCGGGUGAAUCGUUCGAGCUUUUAGCAAAUUGGAAAAUUUUAGUUUCGACAUUCAACUUCUGAACGACUGUGCCUCGGCCGCCGCUAGCGCAGUGUUAAUCCCCAUGUGUACUUGUAUAAGAGCAGAAAUCGCGUUCGGUGUGGCGCUAUGUUUGCGUGAUCGGUCACAAUGCGCCUGUUCCGCGGGUCGAAGCGAAGGGAAGUGACCGGGUCGCGUGCCGUCACGACGCCGUCUCCGCGCCGAGACGCCGCCGCCGCAGACGCUCCCGGCACCCCACAGCACGACUUCGCUCUAGUUACGGCCCUACCAGCCAUGGUCAUGGAGGACGAUGUCAAAGAAAUGAAGAAGGUAUUCGCUACAUGGGGUCGGCGAAUGGGUAAGAAACUAGAAAUGCUAAAAAAGUCUGAAGUCAAAGAAACUGAUGAUGAGCCACAGCACAGCGAGAAUUUAAAAGUCGAAACAACGGUAGCUAUUACUGGCCAUUACAAAAAGAAACAACAAUGGAAAAUGGGGCGAAGUACAUCGGAUUCAGCCUCCCUUAAGAAGGAUAAUGAUACAGAUUCCAUAAAAAGUGGUUCCAGAGAUAGAUCGCCGAGUCCCUUUAAAUCAUUUUUUCACAGAAUGGGAUCUACGGGAAUGUUAAAUUCGCCUAAAUCACAAUCAAUGAAUAUGCAUAAACCACCUCCAGAAGAAAAUUAUCCUGUUGCCAGUGGACCGUCAUUAUAUCGAAGUUGUUCCACAUCACAUUUAUCGACAUAUGUCAAAGCUGAUGAUCCUUCAGAUGAUAUAGAUUUACAAAAUGCAAGCAACGAAAGCAAAAAGUCUCCCACUAAACAGAAGACUAUUCUUGGUGAUGAUAAUUUAGUAACAUCAUCAACUAAAGCCGUUAGUUGCGAUAAUAUACCGAAUUUAAAUGAUGGGCAACAUCACAAUGGCGCAAGUAAAAAACCUAAUUUUCCUUACGCAUUUUUAAGAUCGAAACUGUCAGUUCUCCCAGAAGAAAACAGUAUGACAUCUCAGCAGAGAACAAGUGGCAUCAGACAAAGUUUUUCUGAAAGAAUGGUUCGGAAAUCGCCCAAAUUCCGCAAAGAAAGACUAUAUUUAACGAAUUCGCGAUCAGAAGAACGAUAUCAGAGUAACGAUAGUAUAUCGAUUUACGAAGAUAAUUUACUGCUUAACAAUGGAUUAAGAAAUAAUUACGACUUUACUCGUAGUUCUAUUAGAAGUAUUAACGAAAUCGAUUGUAGCUUAUAUCCAGCAGAUCAAGUCGACGACGUGCCCAGAAGAUCAUCAAUGAUUUCUCAAAGAGGUCCACUUGACUACGAUCCAAUGCUGAUACCAAGAAAUAGAAACAGCUUACCAGUAUAUGAAUACAACUCAAUAGUAGGUUCUAUGAGGGAUCUUCGAAAUGAAUUAGGCUCAUCAACACAAAGUAUACAACAUGGGCCAGAAAACGGUGAAAUACAAGCUCAUCGUUUGAGUAACUAUGUAAGUUCAAAUGAGUCUGGAUAUGACAGUGAUGGACGACCAACUGACGAGCAUAGCAAUCAUUCCCCACCUAAUUAUUUAAGUCAUUUGGGCAACAGGUCCAUAUUAAAAGAUCAAAGAGAUUCCGGGUUUGAAAAAACAACUUUUUCUAGACAACUCAGUUUGAAUCAGAAAAUAAAUGUAAGUCGAGUACAACUUCCAGUAAGGCGCAGUUCCACUCCGUGCGCUCUUUUUCCUAUUGAAAAAGGUGUUUCGCAUAAAUGUGACAGUGACCAAAAUGAUGACAAAAAGUUUUCGAAUCUCAAUAACAUUUAUAACGUGAUGGAUCAUAAUAAUUCUAAACCACCGCCACUUCCAAAGAAAACAGUACAUAAAAAACCUCCUUACGUUUAUAAAACUAUUACUUUGGAUGAAAGAGUCCAGACAAGACAAAUAAAAUUACUACACUCGCAGAUUGUACCGGUUGAAAAUGGACACACUGCAUCUGAAAACAAAUUCACGAUCACAGACUCAAAUGCACAUGUUAAUCAUCUACCCCAAGCAGAACCCACUAUUUUUGGUAGAGGUUCAUGUAUGAAAAGAUUUAGGAAAAUUCGACUACUGAAAUCAAGAUUAGAUGAAAGUCUAGGAGUAUAUCUAGCACAACAUAGAGUAGAUUUUGAUAGUAGUGGUUCAAACUAUGAAAUUCGAUACAUUGUAGUAAAAUUAGAUUUAGACGGUAUAGCUCAUAAAGAUGGACGACUCAGGAUAGGUGAUGAAAUUGUAAAUGUGAAUGGCAGAGUUUUGCGUGGCUUAUCUUCCUUAAAUGAAGUUCAGCACAUUGUCAACUCGUGUUCGACUGAAGCUGCGUUUGAAGAUGGAACAUUAUUUCAAAGAUAUCAGGUUGAUCUUGUAAUGGCUCAUGAUGAAAUAACUCCGAUUACUCUCAGCAGGAUUAUAAGCAGUCAAUCUCGUGAACAAAUAAUGCAAAAACCUAGUAAUCCACCAGAUAUUAUAUCACAGACUGUCCACAAGCCUGUUUCACCAAGUCAAAUCACUAUCGAGACACAUUUUCCUGCUGAUGGACAAUAUUACCACAACUCAAAUAAUAGGCCUUUCAAUAAUUUGUUAAAUUACGAUAAUAAUAUUAACAGAAUUGAAGUCAAUAGAAAAUCAGAAACUGGAACCCAAGUUAAUAACAGACCUCCUCCACAUUCGAACCAAAAAAGUGACGAUGAAAAGUUGUUGGAGAGGCAUUGCUAUGCCCAAAGUUCAGCUUCUUUACAAAAUAUUACAAAUAUAGAAAUAUCUUUAAGGUCUUCUCCUAAACCAUCACAUAACAAUUAUAGACCAAUAUCAGUCCAUGGCAUCAGAAACCAGCCAAGCAGCGACCAAUAUUCUAUAUGCGAAAGUAAUUUAACCAAGGACACAAAAGAAAAUACAUCACAUUUCGUAAAACACGUGCCUAGAUUGUACCAAAACAGAUCGUUUGAAAGCAUUCCAGAGCAAUUAAGGCACAGCAGUCGAAGUAGAUUCUUCAACAGGGUCGGAUCGCAGCGUAAUCCUCAGAGUCACCGUGGUCAUAUUCCUCGUCAAGAAUAUCCACAUCCCCAACACGAUGGACCACACGGUGGGCAUUACUCUCAUUCGUUGCAUAAAGCUGAAUUUUGGAAAGGACCUGGACAUAAAAGCCUCGGUUUCAGCAUUGUAGGCGGAACUGAUUCGCCAAAAGGGCAAAUGGGUAUAUUCGUUAAGACGGUAUUUCCUAAUGGACAAGCAGCAGAUAAAGGAACAAUAGUUGAAGGUGACGAGAUCUUGUCAGUUAACAAUGUGGCAACGCGUGGUCUAAGCCAUGCCGGUGCCAUAUCGCUUUUCAAACAAGUAAAAGAGGGAAAAAUAGAACUGACGCUUUCACGAAGAAGAGCACCCAGGUCAAGAUCCGUAGAGCCCCUUGGAAAUUUCCGUGGCGAAGUCAAAAGGGAAUAGUUCCAGAGCAACGUCCCCAAAGAAGCUUAUUUUAUAGAAAUACGUGCAAUACAUAAUAAUAAUAUUUUUUCCAGCCAAAGGCAAACCCUAUAAGUUUCGUGUAGGUAUAUUUUUUAAAUCCUACAACAAUAAUAACCAGAUACGUUUUUCCAUUGCUUUACAGUCGCCCUAAUAACUUCAUAGUGUUUAUACUAUUUACUUAAUUUAAAUCUUUCAAAGAUGCGAUAAUAAUUAAUUAAUUAGGUUGCUGUAAAUAUGUACGUGUGCAAAGUCAGUCGCAACGAAUACAAUAACAUGGGUUAACCUAUAAUAUUGUUUCAAAGCUAAAAUUCUUUUGGCUUACGUAAAAUAAAUAAGACUGUAUGUAUCGUAAAUGAAAAUAGAUUUAGAGGCAUCGUAAUAUCUAGCGCUUAGUGUAAUCUGUAACAUAUUUGCUGUUAUCGUCUCGUUAGGAAUGCUAGAUCUCGUUAUAUCGUGGUAUUGUAAGUAACUUAGUUGAAGCUAAAUACAAACGAAGCAUGAACUCAUGACGUUGAAGUGAACCGACUGAUUAAUAUUUCUCACGAUUGAGUACCUUCAUGACUGCCAAAGCAUUUUAUUACUAGAUGAACUAAAAGUAAGUUUAACAAAAGAAAAACAUCUUUAAUAAAACACGUUUCCAUAAAGUUUAUGAUAGUCGUUAAUCAUAACAUUUCAGCGAAUCUGUUCCGUCCAUUGAAAUUUGUUAAGCAAUACGAUUGUUUCUUAGCACUUAUUGGUAAUUCGUUUAUUAUUAUUUUUUUACUUUUAUAUAUAUGUAUAUGAAAUUUUUAAAACAUUUUGCAAUUGUCAUUGUUAUAAAAACAACGAAAUCCGAAACCAUCCACUGACCGACCUAGUUUUAACGAUAGUUGAAUUAAUUAGGUAUAUGUCCACAGUAUUGUAGUGGUAACAGUUUUGAAGUUUUGUAAAUAAUAAAUAUACUGCAAUUUUA